AUGGCCAAGAAAUGGCAGAAGAUGGCAGGUAAAGGAAGGAAAAGAAUCUCAUCGGCUGCUGUUCACAGGAGCAGCACGGGAAGAAAGGCAUCGACAAUCACAGAAAAAGGCCAUUUUGUGGCCUAUGCAUCAGAUGGCAAAAGGUACAUGGUUCCUUUGGCUUGUCUCCAUCGGCCAAUAUUCAGAGAGUUACUGAAUAUGGCAGAAGAAGAGUAUGGGCUGAACAUUGAUGGUGCAAUUACGCUUCCCUUUGAUUCGGCAGUCAUCGACUACAUCAUGUUGCUUCUGCAGAGAGACAUGUCCAGACAGACAGAGAGUGCACUGCUGGCAUCUUUAAGCGGCAGCAGAUGCUCAUCAUCUUCAGUAUUGCCCCAAGGCCAACUUUGUCAAUUUUUAAUCCUCGAAGGAUUUUAA